AUGUCAGAUGCCCACUGCAGUACCGGGCAGAGAUCGCGAGCCACCAUCUGUUUGGAGAAGCUCUUCACUGGUGGGAGGAAGUGGCACCCUCUGUUUGGAGAAGCUCUUCACUGGUGGGAGGAAGUGGUUCGUGAGGCAGUACCGGGAUAUCAGUUCACUUGGGAAGAGUUCCGGGCACGCUUUGAAGACAAAUAUUGCUUGAAGGGAGACCAGGACCACCGUAUUGUAGAGUUCCUCCAUUUGGAGCAGGGUGAUCGCACUUUAGCUGCGUUUGAGGCUGAGUUCACCCGUUUGCUGCGAUAUGGGGCACAUCUGGUGCCGACCGAGAGGCUGAAGAUCCAGAAGUUCGUGACUGGAUUAUGCCCAUAUCUGCGCAGGAGGAUUGAGAUCCAGGAGUACCCUACGCUGAGUAGGUACAUUGCGCAGCUGACGAAGUUGGAGAGGACAGAAUAUGAAGAGCAGCAAGAAGCGAGGAACCGAGAGAGGAGUCCUAUGAGACGAGUUACAUUCACUCGUCCCUCGAGUUCCAGACAGGUGAUACAGCCCCGUGAUAAGGGGAAGGCGCCAGCGUUUCGUCCUGCAGCACCACCGCCACCAGCACUGUCAGGACCACGCAGAUCUUGCCUACGCUGCGGGCGAGAUCAUGUUGGACCAUGCCGUACUGGGUACACUUGUUACCGUUGUGGUCAACCUGGCCACUUCGCUAACCAGUGCACCGGAGAUGUAGCUGCUUCCAGUCAGCAGGGAGCCAGACCUCCACGCCCUCAGCCACCACGUAGAGGGGGCGUAGCGCCACGGGUAUAUGCACUUGCUGCAGAGGAAGAAGUCCUGGGGGACGGGACUUACUUUGCUCAGGAGACAGUCACCAUUGAUGCUGUGGUCGAGGGUGACCCCGAGCAGUUAGACGCUGCUACCAUCACAGGUAUCAUACAUCUUCAUGAUACUGCAUGCCACGUUUUGUUUGAUACGGGAGCUACACAUAGCUUCCUAAGCUUGAGUAUGGUAGAGAAGUUGGAUGUGAUGGAUAUGGAUACGAUUGAGAGAUAUAGAGUACACACUCCCUCUGGAGAGAUUCUGCCGGUGACAGGGGUAUUACGUGGGAUUCCUCUAAUACUCUGUGGAAGGAAUCUCUGGGAAUGGAUUGAUUGA